AUGCCUUUUGGCCUCAAGAAUGCGGGGGCAACCUGCCAGCGAAUGAUCACUCGAAUGUUCAAAGACCAGCUUGGAAAAACCAUGGAAGCUUACAUAGAUGAUAUGGUAGUGAAAAGUAAGCUCACUACAAACAAUCUCGCAGACUUAAAAAAAGUCUUUGGUAUCCUGAAAAGCCAUCAGCUUCACCUUAAUGCCUCGAAAUGCACUUUCAGGGUAGGAAUAGGGAAGUUCUUGGGAUACAUGGUUACUCAUAGAGGAAUCGAGGCAAAUCCGGAUAAAAUCAAAGUAAUGCAAGAGCUUAAAGUACCAACAAAGGCUAAAGAGCUACAAAAGCUGGCUGGAAUGGCAGCCGCCCUAAAUCGGUUCAUCAGCAAGUCUUUAGAUCAAAUGAAGCCCUUUUUCCAGCUGCUAAGAAAAAAAGCUGCAUUUGAAUGGGGUCCUGAAUGUACCGAAGCAUUGCAAAGUCUCAAAAAAUACCUCAGUAAACCACCUCUCUUGUCCACUCUAGAACUAGAUGAGGAACUGUACCUAUAUCUAGCAGUCUCGGAUCACAUUGUAAGUGCCGUAUUGAUUCGAGAGGUUGACAAGGAACAAAGGCCAGUAAACUUUGUUAGCAAGACUCUACUAGAUGCCGAGACACGCCGAGCCGAUUUCUCCGGCCGAACCGGGAAAUGGGUAGUUGAACUUGGUGAGUUUGACAUUCGAUAUCAACCCAGGACAGCAAUCAAGGCCCAGCUCUAUGUCGAUGAAUCAUCCAAUAGCCGAGGCUUGGGAGCUGGGGUAGUACUUAUGUCAACGAAAGGGUUUAUUUUGGAGCAAGUUCUUAGGCUUGGUUGGAAGGCUUUAAACAAUAAGGCAGAAUACGAAGCACUAAUGGCUGGUUUAUGCAAUGCCGAGCACUUCAGUGCAGAGCAACUUCUGGUUUUCAGCGAUUCUCAAUUGGUGGUAAACCAGCUUACUGGGGUCUACGAAACACGAAAUGAAAGAAUGGUCAUGUAUGCAGCCAAGGCUAAGGAUCUCCUCAAAAAAUUCCAAUCCAUACGAGCGGAACGAAUCAGUCACGACAGAAACAGCCACGCUGAUGCUCUGGCCUACCUUGGCUCAUUAUUAGAUGCCAAAGACACUAGAAAAGUUUGGGUUGAGUUCAUUCUGGAACCAAGCAUUGCAUCUCCAGUCCUCUGCAAUAAUCUAGAGCCAAGCUGGAUGGAUCCAAUGCUUGUUUUUCUGAAAUUUGACAUUCUCGCCGAAGACAAGAAGGAAACCAACAAAAUCCGACAUAGGUCAGCUCGGUUCUGGGUUUCACCAUCUGGGAAACUAUACAGAAGCUCCUAUCUCGGUCCUUAUCUUUUGUGUGUGCAUCUAAAUCUAAUUGAAAAUGUUCUUUACAAAAUUCAUGAUGGGAUUUGUGGAUGCCACGUUGGUGGAAGGUCAUUGGCACACCGAGCCUUUACUCAUGGGUACUGGUGGCCACAGAUGCAACAAGAUGCACAACAGUACGUACAGAAGUGCGAUAAAUGUCAGAGACGAUUCUUCAUUGCUGCAACCGACUAUUUCAUUAAGUGGGUUGAAGUUGAAACACUGACAAGUAUUAAAGAAGCGGACACAGAGCAGUUUGUCAUGAGAAAUGUUGUGGUCUGUUUCGGCAUCUGGCAGAUACUGAUUGCAAACAAUGGAACACAGUUUGAUGGGAAAAUCUUCAGAAAAUUUUGUGCUAACCUCAUAAUCGAAUAUCAGAACUCUUCUCUGGCCUACCCACAAAGUAAUGAGCAGACAGAAGCGUCGAACAAAACCAUCAUCAACGGAGUAAAGAAGCGGCUCAAACAUGCAAAAGGAAAAUAG